GGGCACCUUCCUGGUGUACAAGGACGGGGACGUGUCCCACCCCACGGUGCGCGAGCGCCAGUGGCUCAACAGCGACUUCAACUUCGACAACGUCCUGGCUGGGAUGAUGGCCCUGUUCACUGUGUCCACCUUCGAGGGGUGGCCCGCGCUGCUCUACAAGGCCAUUGAUGCCAACGCCGAGGACCAGGGCCCCAUCUACAACUACCGGGUGGAAAUCUCCAUCUUCUUCAUCGUCUACAUCAUCGUCAUCGCCUUCUUCAUGAUGAACAUCUUCGUGGGCUUCGUCAUCAUCACCUUCCGCGCGCAGGGCGAGAACGAGUAUCGCAACUGCGAGCUGGACAAGAACCAGCGCCAGUGCGUCGAGUACGCGCUGAAGGCGCAGCCGCUGCGCCGCCACAUCCCCAAGAACCCCGCCCCGCACCGCCUCCGGGCCACCGCCUUCGAGUACAUCAUGUUCGUCCUCAUCCUGCUCAACACCAUCGCCCUGGCCGUGCAGCACUACGAGCAGUCCAAGCCCUUCAACUACGUGAUGGAUCUGCUCAACAUGGUGUUCACCGGGCUCUUCACCGUCGAGAUGGUGCUCAAGAUCAUCGCCUUCAAACCACGGCACUACUUCUGCGACGCCUGGAACACCUUCGAUGCCCUCAUCGUGGUGGGCAGCGUGGUGGACAUCGCCGUCACCGAGGUCAACAGCUCCGAGGACAGUUCCCGUAUCUCCAUCACCUUUCUCCAGCUGUUCCGGGUGAUGCGGCUGGUGAAGCUGCUCUCCAAGGGCGAGGGGAUCCGCACCCUGCUCUGGACCUUUGUCAAGNNNNCCCAGGCCCUGCCCUACGUCGCCCUCCUCAUCGCCAUGAUCUUCUUCAUCUACGCUGUCAUCGGCAUGCAGACCUUUGGGAAGGUGGCCCUGCAGGAUGGGACCCAGAUCAACCGCAACAACAACUUCCAGACCUUCCCCCAGGCUGUGCUGCUGCUCUUCAG